AUGCUGUUUCCCGAGGAGGACGCGGCGCAGCUAAAGACUUGGAUUGUCAAGCGCAUCGAGAACACAUCCGAUGCCGACUCCGACGUGCUUGCAGACUACGUCAUUGCUUUGUUGAAGCAUGAUGGCGACCAAGCCUCUAUUCGCAAGCUUUGCGAGGAAGAAAUUCCGGAUUUCUUGACUGAGGAUCCGAAAACCUUCCUCGACGAUGUCUUCCAGGCUAUUGCGCAUAAAUCAUACAUGCCCGGUGCCCCCCCGGCCCCAAAGCUGUCCUCCGCAAGCGAAUCCAACAAAUCUCCGGUGAAUCUACCACCGAAACCAGCAAACUCGAGAAAACGCGGCUUCGACGACAGUGGAGAGGCACACGACUAUAGUGACCCCCAACAGUACGGCGAGCGAGCGUAUAAACAGCCUCGACGAGGCGGUCGUCAUAACGAUGGCUUUUCUGGGUACACUUCGCCAAUGGACAUGAACGGGGUGCCGCCUUUUGGCAACCCUCCCCCACCUACAAACCCAAUGGAGGCCAUAAUGGCGCUGCAGGCCAUGGGAUUGUCGUUCCCUACUAUGCCAGACUUCGCCGGUCAUGGGCAGGGCAGCAGGCAACGCAAGCGUCGACGAUGCAGAGACUUUGACAACAAAGGUUUCUGCUCACGCGGAAGUGCGUGUGUGUAUGAUCAUAGCCAAGAACCAGAUGCAUCAGGAGCCUUCAGUAUGGGCAAUGGUUACAUGGAUAUGGAUAUGGCGGAUAUGGCACAGUUCAUGUCAAGCGGGCCACAGUUCAUGGGCGAGCCGCCUCGCAGCGGACGAGGUAACCGAGGUGGGAAAAAGAACCGAGGGGGCAAAGGCUUCAGAGGGGGCAAAGCAGCCUUCUCGGCAGACGGGCCCGUGAAUGAUCGGUCAAAAUCCACCAUUGUGGUUGAAAACAUUCCCGAGGAAAGUUUUUCUGAAGAUCAAGUGCGCGACUUCUUCACACAGUUUGGCACUAUUCAAGAUGUUUCGAUGCAGCCUUACAAGCAUCUCGCCAUUGUCAAAUACAGUAGCUGGGAUGAAGCAAGCGCUGCCUACAGGUCUCCUAAAGUCAUAUUCGACAACCGAUUCGUCAAGGUAUUUUGGUACAAAGACGAAAUGGAAAACCCGAAUCAACGUGGUCCUAGGCCCGGUAUGAAGGGAGCUAGAGAAGACCACAAUGGAGGACAGGACCUUGAGCAGACCCAGGAAUUGGACCCAGAAGAGUUCCAAAGGCGGCAGGAGGAAGCACAAAGGCUAUACCAAGAGAGGGAAAGCAAACGAUCCGAGCUGGAAGUGAAGCGCCAAGAGCUUGAAAAACAACAGCAGGAGUUGUUAGCAAAGCAUCGUGCCGAGACGGAAAAGCUACAGGCGAAGUUGCUAGCCAAAUCUAGCGGCGCAAGCGACGAAAAUGGCACACCGGCAGGGUCGGCGGACAUGCUGCGCGCGAAGCUCGCACUUCUUGAACAAGAGGCCAAAAUUCUGGGCAUCGAUCCAGAAAACCCAAACGCCGAGGAUAGUGGAAGUUUCCGUGGGGGCUAUAGAGGGAGGGGGUAUCGCGGCCGCGGUGCGUUCGCCAGGGGCGGAUAUGCACCGCGUGGCCGAGGGUCCUACAGAGGAAACGGCGCGCGGCAUGCUGCCUAUGCGCAGUUCUCGAUAGACAACAGGCCUAAGAAGGUUGCCAUUACCGGCGUUGAUUUAACGCCCACGGAGAAGGAUGAGGCUCUGCGCCAUUUCCUGAUCAGUAAUGGCGAGUUCGAGUCCGUCGAGACCGGCGCCGAGAAGACGACGGUAUCGUUCCCGGAUCGCAAGACGGCAGAGAAGUUCUACUUUUCCUUACAAGGCAAGGAGUUGCCAGGCGUUUCCGGUACUUUGGAAGUGUCUUGGGUCAACACGCCGCUCCCGCCCGUGCCCGCCAGUGGCCCAUCCUCAUCGUCAACCGGCCCCUCGGCAAAUGACAAAGCUGUCGCUGAACCUGCCGAUGAAGACUUUGUUAACCUGGGAGACGCCGGGGAAGACUAUACAGCUACGGGUGCUGCACGGCAAGAGGAGCCAAGGCGAGAGGUGAACAUGGACUAUGAAAUGCCAGACGAGGAGGCAUGGUAG